GAAAAUUACAACAUCAACCAGAACAAACCAUGUACUCCACCAGCCCAUCAACCAACAGCAACAGUCUACCCACAUUCAACAGGAAAACAACAUCAUCAACAACAACAGCAGCAGCAUCCAUCAGCAGCCAUCGAACCCAGCAUGCACUCCAACGACUCAGACAGACAAGAGUACUCCAGCUGCUCAGAACAAAGUACAAGCUCAUCCUAGCCACCCUGUUCAUCGGAGCACUCCUCUUCUACUACCUAGUCGAGACCCACAUCCAAAUCGCAUUCUACACGAGGAACUCAAUCGACCAACUCCUGCCACCAGACCCACCCAAACUAUCCAAGCGAUGCUUCUCAGAACAAUAUCUCACCAACCCAUUCCAGCCAGCAUCCAGCUCAUUCCCAUCCUCACCAGCCUACAACCUGUCCCAGGGGAGCCUAGGACUCCAGCCCAAGGUGCUCUCCCUCUCCCCCGGAUUCAACCUGCCACACUAUGACGACUGCUACCGAUUCGCAUCCACCAUCCCACCCAAGCCCACCGAGGCCAUGCUACGCUCACAUACCAUCGACGGAGAACAGCUGACCUACUACCAUCUCUACUGGCGCUCAGACCUCUCCCCGAUCUCCGAACGACAGAUCAUCACCCUCAAGAGUCUGCUGGCCACCCAAGACUUCAGGACGAGUCCGAAUGCGAUCCAACCGAUCAGUCAACUAAUCCUCUGGACGAACCCGUCCACCCGAUCCUUGGAGAACGACCCGCUUCUGGCCCCCCUGCUCUACCGCUAUCGCGACCGACUCAGUCUCAGGAUCAUCGACCUCCUCUCCCUCUCCAAACACACACCCCUCCACGAACACCAUCUCCUCAACUCGAUCUUCGACAAAAAGGCCUGGCUCGACGGCGACCUCGUCCGCGUCCUCGUCCUCUGGCACUACGGCGGCCUCUGGAUCGACAUGGAUAACCUCGUCUUGCGCGACCUUCGGGUGCUCACUGAACACGAAUGGGUCGUCCAAUGGGACUGUUAUGAUAAACCAUAUGAACCGCUGAAUGGACACAUCAUGCACUUCCUAAAACACUCUCCAUACCUAUGUGAGAUGAUGGAGAUGAUGUCGAAGCCGCCCUGGCCGCGACGAGCGUCUACGGACUGGGGCCAACGGCUAUACCAUCGGCUGUACCGGAGUCUGUUGAGCUCGGGGGUGACGCCGUUCAAGGUCUUGCCCUACUGUCUCACCGACGGCCGCUCCUGCACACUCAAGGAUCGGAUCCCCGACCCCUUCGCUAAUGAUCCUUCCCUCCCCUCGGCCCUCGAUAGGCAGAAUUGGGACAAGCGUCUCGCUCAUAAAUUGGACCACUUGUUCGCUAUCCAUUUGCAUAAUCAGUGGCUUAAACAGUUCCCCAAAAACGGAUGGGUCUAUCGGCUCUAUAUCAACCAUUGGAACGCUAUCGUCGAUUGAGUUCUGUUUCCUCCCCCUUCUCACCCCCUCUUGAGUUCUUUGAUGUCUAUCUCUCCAUAUAUUGACUCUUUGGUUUGGAGUCAUUGGUUUUUUUCGUUGUUGUUGUCCACUUUUCUUUGUUUAAUUGAUUGAGAGAGAAGCCUAUAUCAUGAUCAUUCUUAUGUACACAUAUGGUGUUGCAAGCCCGUCUGGGCACACACCAAACUUCGGCCGAAAACAGGCCAAGCGCGCUGGGCCGCUCUUAAAGCCCGCUUGGCCGAUUGUCAA